AUGCCGACCAGAGCUAGCGCCAGGCCAGCCGUGUUGAUGGCAGGCGCUCGACCGCCUCAGCGGCCGCUUCCACGCCUCAGCGGCCGGCCCCCGCAGCAGACCCCCUCCCGACCCAUGGCCGCGCUGCGCAACAGGCAGUGCAGGCUGAACAUGUGCCAGGGCACUGGCAAGGAUAGCGAGACUGAGAUGGCGGCGAUGGCAGCCCUCUCAGCUGCGGUAGCCGAGGCAAAUGGCACCAGCAGCCCUGCAGAGAGUGUAGCGCUUAUGGGCGAGGAGCUAGUUGAAGACAACCCCGAGUUGCACCCUCUUAAAGAGGCGCUACAGCGAGCAAAGCUGCGGCUGGAGGAGGCCACUGGCAUCAGGGAGGCAUUGGAGGCAGAGGCACAGAAGGUGGCCCAGCUGGCCGUGAAUGCCGAGGGUGCUGUCACCAAGUACCGCAAGCAGCUGGAGGAGGCGAGCGUGGAGCUGGAGGCAGCAGAGGCUGCCAACCAGCGCGCCAUGGUCGAGCUGGCUGAGCUUCGACAGCAGAUGGCCAGCGAGGCGGCGCUGGGGCGGCAGGACGAGGACAAGCUUGAAAAGGUAGCCGCUGUGGCCGAGGCAGCAGCAGAAGAGAAAAGCGACGUCACUGCUGCAGCUGCAGAGAUGGACGAUGAGCUGGGGCAGCACAGUGGUCAGCUGGAAAGCACAGGGGGGCGCAUCACCGAGGCGCAGGCCAAGAUUGCUCGGCUGCAAGCCAAGCUUGUCACUGCGGAGGAGGCGGCGAAGCAAGCAGACAGCAUCGCGCAGGCGGCUAUGGAGGCGGCGGAGGAGGCGGUGAGGGACGAGAUGGAGACGAUUGCCGUCUGCAAGGAGACUGAAAAUGCUCUGCUCAAGGCCAUUGAGGACCUGCGUUUCUUGGACGAUACCAGCGAGCGCCAGGAGGAGGAGUGGGACCGCAAGAGCGUGUUGCGAACCAUUGACGCCGAUGAUGGUGAUGGUAGUGCGACAUCGGAGACAGCGCGCGGCGUGCCUACCGACCUGCGGCCACUGGAGGAGGAGCGGGCGGAGGCGGCCCGUCAGGCGCAGCUCAAGGGCUGGCGUCGCCUGCUGGCUGCGCUCAACCAGAACAAGGCGCUGAUCCUGGGAGUUGUGGCGGUGGUUGCAGUGGGCGGCUACGUCUUGCACCAGCACGCCGUGUUCGCGACGGUUGCCUCGCAGCUGCAGGUGGCGUACGCCGCGGCGGGCCGCCUUUGGGCUAUGGCCGCCAAUUUGGUCAGCCGAGUGCCCUUCCCCCACAUCCAUCCCGGUGAGGAGGGGCUGCUGGAGACCAUCUGGCUGCUUCUGGCCUCCGUCAUCACGGUGCCCCUCAUUUGCAAAAUCCCAGGCGGAUCACCUGUGCUUGGCUUCCUGGCUGGAGGUGCGCUGGUCGGUCCAGCAGCGCUAGGCCUGAUUCAAGAUGUGGAGUCGAUCCGCCACCUGGCUGAGCUGGGCGUUGUCUUCCUGCUGUUCAACAUUGGCCUGGAGCUCAGCUUUGACCGCUUGCGCUCCAUGGGCAAGUUUGUGUUUGGCAUGGGCACCGCGCAGGUGGUGCUGACACUGGCGGCCGUGGCAUGGACGGGCAUGGCUGUCACGGGUGGCACACUGGGAGGGCCAGGUGCCAUCAUCCUGGGUGGCGGCCUGGCGCUGUCUACCACGGCAGUGGGCAUGCAGGUUCUGGCAGACCGUGGCGAGGCUGGGUCCAAGUUCGGUCGCGCCACCUUUAGCGUGUUGCUGCUUCAGGAUCUGGCGGUUGUCGUGCUGCUCAUGCUCAUCCCGUUGCUGGCCCCCGGCCCAGAUGGUGCCUCAGCUGCUGGCAUUUCCUCCAUCACCAAGGCGAUUGGGGCUGCAGCCGUCAAGGCGGUGGUGACCAUGGUCGGCAUCACAGUGGCGGGCCGCACCUUGCUGCGCCCACUCUACAAGCGAGUAGCAGAGACCAACGACUCCACCAUCUUCAAUGCGCUCACUCUGCUUGUGGUGCUGGGCACCAGCCUCAUCACGCAGCUGGCGGGGCUCAGCCUGGCGCUGGGCGCCUUUUUGGCGGGGCUGCUGCUGGCAGAGACUGAAUACCACCUGCAGGUGGAGUCUGAUAUCGGACCCUACAAAGGCCUGCUCAUGGGCCUCUUCUUCAUGACCGUUGGCAUGGAGAUCAGCGUGCCCCUUUUCUUUGCCAAGCUGAAGCCCAUCAUGGUGGCCAUGGGGCUCCUCAUUGUGGGCAAGGUGGCGGUCAUGACAGCCGUGGGGCAGGCCUUCGGUCUGACCCUGGUACAGAGCAUGCGCAGCGGCCUGCUUUUGGCCCCGGGGGGCGAGUUUGCUUUCGUGCUGUUUGGCGAGGCCGUGGCGAGGGGCAUCAUGGGGACAGCGCUGGCUAAGGAGCUCUACCUGGUUGUGGCCCUCAGCAUGGCUCUCACGCCCUUCCUGGCCCAGUUUGGCGGCAAGUUGAGCCAGAUGCUGGAGAAGAGCGACAUGAAGGCGCUGCAGCCCAAGGAGGGCGAGAUGUCGGGCAUGAGCGGCCACGUCAUCAUCUGUGGGUUUGGCCGCGUGGGAGAGCUGAUUGGCCAGAUGCUGACCGAGCGGCUCAUUCCCUUUGUGGCCCUCGACGUCAGCGCGAGCCGUGUGCAGGAGGGCAAGAAACUGGACCUGCCUGUGUACUUUGGUGAUGCCGGCUCACCCGCGGUGUUGCACGCCGUGGGAGCAGACCAGGCGGCCUGUGCGGUCAUCACUCUGGAUACUGCAGGUGCCAACUAUCGUUCUGUGUGGGCUAUGCACAAGCACUUCCCACAUGUCAAGACUUUUGUGCGCGCGUUUGACAUUGAAAAUGGUGUGAUGCUUGAGAAGGCGGGUGCCACUGCUGUUGUGCCUGAAAUCCUGGAGCCCAGCUUGCAGCUGGCGGCAGCAGUGCUGAGCCAGCUCAACAUGCCCGAGGAUGAGGUCGCCGAGACGAUCCGCACCUUCCGCAAGAGCCAUCUCAGCGAGCUGCAAGUCCUGGCGCAGAUAAGUGGAAGUUCGUUGGGCUAUGGGGUGCCCAACAAGGUGGAGGGUGGCAAAAGCAAGUCGGUGGAUGUGUCGGCGGUGGAGGAGACAGACAGCGAGGGGCGUGUGAUUGGUGGCGAUGGAGUGGCGGUGGUACCCGUGGCGGGCUGAUGUCUCGAAAUGUGCAGUCUGCUGACUAGAAUGCGCUUUUCUCAAGCCAUGCUUAUGCAAUGCUUACAAAUCUUCUCUUCCCAGCCAUUGGGGUUUCAAUGCCAUUGGACACAUUGCAGCAUGCAUGUUUUCCACUGUUUUCCAAUCCAACCCACUCUCACUUCUGUCUUCUGACGCAUACUGAAGGCCAUGCUCCAAUCUCUUUUGACUGCUUUAUAAAACGUGCCCUGCCCUGUAAUUUUAAUGCAAGCCUCAUCAAUUCUCUAACCCCAGUCUGCACGCUGGCAGCAUGUGUAAGUCCCAUGCCUGCUGGCCCGCUCAACGGCUGUCCUGCUGGGCCUGCUCUGAUCUGCAACGUCUCACCCCCAUUAUGCUGGCCCCUCCAGCAGCCCCGUGUUGAGCCAGUUGGCGUUGAUAUCGUCCAAAUGCUGCUCGAAGUCAACCAGGGCCCUGUGGCGUCCCUCUGCCGCAUACUGCAUCAGAAUGUAAUGGGGCACCCGGC